CAAGGCGAAGGAACAAGGAAGACCUAGUAUAUCCGUUGCAGGUAGUCUACAUUAACUGAAAAUGGCUCUUCUGGACGUUUGCGGAAUAUCAGACUGGGUGAAAGAAGACACGUUCAGCGCACAGAAAGCCUCGGUUGACCGAGUUAACCACUUUAAUUUCGCAGCACGAGAGCCAGAGCUGGCGGUCCCGAUCGGAGUUGACCCAGCUGAGUUUCUGAAACCAUUUACGGACUGUGAGGAUGGGGUUGAGGGGGUCACCAUUAAGCUGGAACAUGGUACCACCACUCUGGCCUUUAAAUUUCAGCAUGGGGUGAUGGUAGCUGUGGACUCAAGAGCCUCUGCAGGGGCAUACGUUAGCACUCAGAUGUUUAAGAAGGUGAUUGAGAUCAAUCCCUACCUACUGGGAACCAUGUCUGGAAGUGCAGCAGACUGUGUGUACUGGGAGAGGGUCCUGGCCAGAGAGUGCAGGAUUUACAAGCUGAGGAACAAGGAAAGGAUUUCUGUAUCUGCUGCCUCUAAGCUGCUGGCUAAUAUGGUAGCAAAUUAUAGAGGCAUGGGUCUUUCUAUGGGUACCAUGAUCUGUGGAUGGGACAAGAAGGGUCCUGGGUUAUACUAUGUUGAUGACAACGGGUUGCGACUGAGUGGGAACAUGUUCUCCACGGGGUCUGGGAACUCUUACGCCUAUGGCGUGAUGGACAGUGGUUAUCGUUACGACCUGACGGUGCCAGAAGCCUAUGAUUUGGCCCAGCGAGCUAUAUUUCAUGCCACACAUAGAGAUGCCUACUCUGGAGGAACAGUGAACAUGUAUCACAUGCAAGAGACUGGCUGGAUUAAAGUCUCUCAGGAGGAUGUUGGGGAGCUGUAUCACCGUUUUGCUGCGGAGAAAAAAUGAAAACUGUCAUUAAUCACUUUUUAUUGUUGAUUUACAGGAGUGAAGAUACAAUAAACACUAUGAAAAAA